GUCUCCUUCUGGAGACUUCCCCGAGCGCUUUGAGUCUCUCUGUCCUGAAUCCCUCUUCCUCCUCUUCUUUUCUCUUCUUUUUCUUCUUCUUCUUCUUCUACUUCAUAUUUUUCUCUUUUCUUUUUGUUUCAUCUGCAACUCAGAGAUCAAAUAUGUUGAGUUUUCCUCACCGUCUCUUUUGGUGAGGUGAGAUUCGAACAAGGGACGUUUCAUGAAAGUUGCCGUCCCAGCUGAUUGCGCCUUAUAGAAUUAUAAAAGGUGCGUUCUCACUGAGCCUUAUAUUCCGACUGCGCGGACCUCUUUUUUUCCCAAGUCUAGUGUUUUUGGAUUUCUUUGCGCCUGUUUGCUUCUCUGAUUACCGAAAUAGAAUGAUAUGCACUGGGACUUAUUCCAGAUUACAUCUAAGAUCGCAAGACUUGCACGAUCUGGUGGAAUUAUAUACGCUCGCAAACUGUUUGACGAAAUGUCCCAGAGAGACACGGUCGCUUGGAACGCAAUGCUCACAGGCUAUUCCCAGCUGGGUCUUCACCAAGAAGCGCUAUCCCUUUUCCGUCACAUGAGAAUCUCCAAUACCAAUCCCGACCAUUACUCAUUCACCGCAACUUUGAGUGCGUGUGCAGCAGCAUGUGAGCUUACAUACGGAGUAAAAGUCCAUGCUUUGGUUAUUGUUAAAGGGUUUCAAUCUUCAUUACCGGUUGGUAAUUCGCUUAUUGAUAUGUAUGGGAAGUGUUUGAGUCCUUCUGGUGCUAGAAAAGUUUUUGAAGAAAUGCAAAGUAGGAAUGAAGUAACCUGGUGUUCGCUCUUGUUUGCGCAUACAAAUUCUUGUCAACUUGACUCUGUGUGUGAAGUGUUUCACAUGAUGCCCAAAAGGGUAGAAAUCGCUUGGAAUAUUAUGAUUGCCGGUCAUGCUCAAUGUGGUGAAGUUGAAUUAUGUCUGAAUUUGUUUAAAGAGAUGCGAGAGAGUUUGUGUCGGCCAGAUCAGUGGACACUAAGUUCCCUCAUGAAUGUGUGUUCUGAAUCAUUGGAACUUUCAUAUGGAUGCAUGGUACAUGGUAUUAUUAUUAAGACUGGUUGGAGCUCUGCGGUGGAGGCAAAGAACUCGGUUUUAAGCUUUUAUGCUAGACUAGGUUGCCAGGAUGAUGCUAUGAAGGUGGUUGAUUCCAUUGGAACGCUUACUCAGGUGUCUUGGAAUGCGAUCAUUGAUGCCCAUAUGAAAGCAGGCGACACCCAGGAAGCCUUUCUUGCUUUUCAGCGAGCUCCUGUGAAGAAUAUAGUUUCAUGGACAUCUAUGAUCACAGGGUACGCAAAAAAUGGGCAUGGAGAUGAAGCUCUUUGCUUCUUUGUUGACAUGAUGAGAAGUGGUGUCCAGCCUGAUGAUUUUGCAUAUGGAGCGGCCCUUCAUGCGUGUUCUAGCCUGGCAAUACUAGGGGAUGGUAAAAUGGUCCAUGGUUGCAUAAUUCGCUCUGGCUCCCAUGCCAAUGUCUAUGUUGGCAAUGGUUUAAUUAGCAUGUAUGCUGAGUGUGGUGAUAUAGAAGGGUCAAGCCGUGCAUUUAAUGAAAUUCUUAACAAGGAUUUGGUCUCCUGGAAUGCAAUGUUGUUUGGAUUUGGGUUACAUGGACGGGCUAACCAAGCUUUACAACUUUAUGAACAAAUGAUGCCUUAUGGUGUAAAGCCGGAUAAAGUGACUUUCAUUGGCCUGUUGAUGACUUGUAGCCACUUGGGGCUUAUAGAGAAAGGUCGCUUGUUUUUUGAAUCAAUGGAUUCAAUUUAUGGGAUUUCCCCUGAAAUGGAUCACGUGGCAUGCAUGGUUGACAUGCUUGGCCGAGGUGGGUUCUUGGCAGAAGCAAUAGAGUUGGCUAAUCGGCAUUCAGGAACAGGUAAUGCAAAGACCAGCUCAUCUGAGGUUCUGCUUGGAGCAUGUUAUGCACACGGGGAUGUAGGGAUAGGGACACAUCUGGGGGAAGCUUUAAAGAUUUUAGAGCCUCAGAAAGAGAUAGGUUAUGUGGUUUUGUCAAAUUUGUAUUGUGCAAGCGGGCAGUGGAAGGAAGCAGAGAUGAUUAGAAAGGCUAUGCUGGAUCAAGGGGUGAAGAAAAUGCCUGGUUGUAGUUGGAUUGAAGUGAGAAACAAGGUUUCCGCUUUUGUUGCUGGGAACCACUCGCAUCCAUGCCUGCGAGAUAUCUAUAAAAUAUUGCACUUCCUUGAAUUUGAAAUGAAAAAUCCAUGCUUUAUUGGUUUUGAGAAUUGAAAGAUUUAAUCUUUCCUGUCCGGUGGACCCUGCAUGAUGCAUGGUUGGAUGCAAGUGCCCAAAUCAUGCGACUGGUUCACUUCUAAGCCAUCGGCCACUGUAAUUGCAAGACCAACAUGGGAGAGUAACCAAGGACACUUUAUAAAGACGGCAAGGGUGAGCAAUGUAGAAGAGAUGCCAGAGUAGUCUUAAACUCAUCCCGAAUUGCCGUAUGGACCUCGAUGAGGCGCAUGCUAUUGUGAAGGUUGCUUUAAACAAUCAAGCAGUGCAACUUGGCACAAAAAGUUUGAAUGUUGCUUUAAUCUACAAACGAAUGAAAUUAAACCAUUUCAGCAAGAGAUUGACGAUGAGAGUCUAUUUAAGAAAAUAGAUUAGGUUUCUAAGAGAUAACUCAAUCGGCUGGAAACCACGCCUCAUAAAGUGGAUAUCACUAAUUCGAAUCCUCCAAGGAAUUAGAGUACAUUCCAGACAUCCAGUAAUAACAACUGGUGAAGGAUUAUUUGCUGGUCUUGUGCCCUUCAAUGGUUUUUUCUUUCUCUCAUAUCCAUCGAACCAGGGGAGGAAUUGAAUUAAGGAGAAAAGCACAACCAUUGCGUCAUUGGUGCUUCAUGUAAGAAAAGCGGCGUUCCCCUUUUCUUAGCAAAAUUAUAGAUUGAGUUAUAGAUGCACUAAAUGAUA